AUGUUUUUUCCCUUCCUUUUCUUCAGUCACUUAACAUCUGCUGCAUUUCUUUUUGUUUUUCACUUUUGUCUCUUUCUUAAUGUAAUCACUUUAUCCUUCCUAUCUCAUUACACUUUUUGUCUUUCCUUCUUUUUAUUUGUCUCUUUCACAUGCACACAUAUUAUAUCCUGUACUUAUUUUGUAAUAGGCACUCUCAUUACUAAUUCUCUUUCUUUCUUUCUUUUUUUUUCUUCUUUCAUGCACAUAUAUCAUCUCUCUUAUGAAAUCAAAAUUUGUUUUUCUUACCUUCUAGAAAAGGCCUGGCAAGAACAACAUGAGGCUACUGAGGACCACUGCAUGCACGGUCGGUUGUGUAGGAACCGCAGCUCCUGUACAGUUGGUAGUCGCUGUUAUCGCAUGCAUGUUCUGUGUGGCAGCAUUGUGACAUUGAUGUCAGUGUUAGAAGCUGUUAUGGCACGCCAUUCCUACAAUAUGCGCCUCAGCAAAGCUGAAUCUUCAAUCCGUGUGGUACGAAUAAGACUGAACAAUGGUGAACGGGUUGUUGGCAUCCGUUAUCCUGAGCAGCUUAUUGUAGAGGCAGAGAAGGUCCUUAAAGAACACCAAAUUGUCAACCGUGUCCAAACAACAACCAAUUGUCAACCAACUACUGAUAAUAUCAUGAGAAAUUUCAGUGCCACACCACACAAAAUGGUCAUUGAAGAAGUGACUCCAGUUGUUUCAAAGUAUUUGGUGAAGGCCUUCACACCACCUGUCACUAUGCAUACUUUCUUCAAAUCAUCCAGAACAGGUAGAAGUCCCCAUAAAAUGCAAAAGUUAGCUUUGGAAAUGGAAAAGCAACAACAGCAGCAACAGCAUCAUUAUUCACAUGUUCAGCCUUUACCACAAUUAGCAUCAUCAUCAUCACCUUCAUGCUCUUUAAUGCAGUCACAUACUCAGCAUUCCUCUUCCUUGUCCUCAUCACCAUCUUGCUCCUCCUCCUCCUCCUCCUCCUCCUCCUCUUCCUCGUCAUCAUUUGUGAGUUGCCUCACUCAUGAUGAUGCCAGUGUUAGUUGCAACAACACUCUUUCUUUUCUUUUAACAGUUCUAGUUUCUUCAUCUUGUCAACAGCGGAACUCCUGUUCUUAUAGAAUUCUUUCUUUCGUCUUGUGGGACAAAAAGGAAAGUUAUUCACACUUGUUAUUUUACCCUUCUCCACCUUUAACUGUAUUUACCUUUUAA